AUGAAAACAAGAUUGAGCACAUACAAUUUGGAGUAUUUUGAUGAUGUCAAUAGUAUUCCUGGUACAACUGGACCAGGAAUCCCGAAGGCGAUUCGAUCAGCUUUAUCAAAAAAAUAUGGCGGUGUGAACACUAGUGCUACAGAGUCUUAUGGUGCUGCUAAAGAUGGUGAUCCAGAUAAGUUUUUACGAAUUCCACAGUGGGCUGACUAUGAACUGUACAACAGACGUGAUAUAGAAGCGUCUUUGGGAAAAGAUAAACAAUGGAUCAUCAGCUCACAAGAUGCAUCGAUUCGAAACUUUGGCUUUCUCAUCUCAAAUAAAACAUUUAUUUAUACAAUUGACGAUGACUGUUUGCCAGCUCAGGAUGCCAACGGAAAUCACAUCAAUGCAUUACAAAGACAUAUUCAGAACCUUGUCACUAAUUCAACUCCUUAUUUUUUCAACACUCUGUAUGAUCCUUAUCGUGAAGGUUCCGAUUUUGUUCGUGGAUAUCCAUUUAGUUUGCGAAGAGGUGUGCCUACAGCAAUUUCUCAUGGUAUUUGGCUCAAUGCUCCGGACUAUGAUGCACCCACUCAAUUACUCAAAGUUGAUGAACGUAAUACACUUCUUGCUGACAUAACUAUAACAGUACCUGCUGGUGUGCUCUAUCCAAUGUGUUCUAUGAAUGUAGCUUUUAAUCGCAAGUUGAUUGGACCAGCUUUCAUGCAAGGUCUCAUGGGCUCUGGCAUGCCUUGGGGACGAUAUGAUGAUAUGUUUGCUGGAUGGGCAAGUAAGGUGGUAGCAGAUCAUCUCGGUCUUGGAGUCAAAACAGGAGCACCUUAUAUUCGACACAAUAAAGCUUCAAAUCCAUUUACUAAUCUUAAAAAGGAAUAUAUGGGAAUGUUUUGGCAAGAAGAUAUUAUUGCUUUCUUUCAAAAAGUACGAUUCUCAUCAUCUGCAAAAACCCCUCAAGACUGCUACUUAGAAUUGGCUGAAAUGAUUCGUGCAAAUCUGAGUUAUUUGAAUGAAUAUUUUAGUCGACUAGCUACAGCCAUGGAAAUUUGGAUUGAACAGUGGAAUCGAGCUCAAAAUGGCGAGAUGAGUUUUAGACCUAGUCGAAAGAAUCGACGAAAGAGUGCUGUCAGUCCAUUUGCUGUAUUCACUAUUUGUCGUAAUGAGCCUGGUUACUUGCCUAUCUGGCUAAAAUAUUAUCGUCGCUAUUUCGCCGAUGAAGAUAUUUAUAUUUUGGAUAAUGAUAGUAACGAUGGAUCGACAUCAAAUCUGCCAGUAAAUGUUAUUCGUGUUCACUCCGAAAAGUAUUUUGAUCACUAUUGGCUAGUUGAAACAAUCCAGAAUAAGUUACGAGAUUUACUUAAGAGUGGAUAUAAAUAUGUUUUGUUUGCUGAAAUUGAUGAAAUAAUUAUACCUGAUCCGGCUAAAUACCCAUUGGGCUUAAUUGAUUAUAUUAAUCGAACAAAUAUCUCAGUUGUUCGUGUCAAAGCAUACGAUGGACGAAAAUUUGAUCAUGUUUCACUUGCAACGAAUGGAUCAUGA